UGAAGGGCAAAACCGUCAGAACACAAAAUUCCUCCGUUCCAUAAAAGUUGAAGCUUCUGACAUGUUAAGUCAGAAUCGAACAGUCUCCUUCAGUUUUGUUGCUUCUUUUAGGUUCGAAAUCGAUUUUGCGUAGCAGAGCAUCCCCUGUUUGUGAAAAAGGAACUGGAUGGAUCAGCAAGGACAUGGGCAACCCCAAUCUAUGGGGAUGGUAGGUAGUGGAGCUCAAUUGGCUUAUGGGACUGCUCCGUAUCAGCAUACUCAAAUGGUAGGGAGUCCGAAUCCUGCUACAGUUGGUGCACCAGUUGGAGGCAUUCAAUCUAGUAGUCAAUCUGCCGGAGCUCAGCUUCAACAGCAUCAACUUGCUUAUCAGCACAUUCACCAGCAGCAGCAGCAACAACUUCAACAACAACUGCAAAGUUUCUGGGCAAAUCAGUUUCAAGAGAUUGAGAAGGUAACUGAUUUCAAGAACCAUAGCCUUCCUCUAGCAAGGAUCAAGAAGAUUAUGAAAGCUGAUGAGGAUGUGAGAAUGAUAUCAGCUGAGGCACCUGUGAUCUUUGCAAGGGCAUGUGAAAUGUUCAUCUUGGAGUUGACCUUGCGGUCUUGGAAUCACACAGAAGAGAAUAAAAGGAGGACACUUCAAAAGAAUGACAUUGCAGCUGCAAUCACAAGGACUGAUAUCUUUGAUUUCUUGGUAGACAUCGUACCGAGAGAGGAUCUGAAAGAUGAAGUCCUUGCAUCCAUUCCUAGGGGAACGGUUUCUGUUGGGGCUGCUGAUGCACUUCCUCCAUACUGCUAUAUGCCACCUCAGCAUGGAUCUCAGGUGGGGGCUCCUGGGAUGAUCAUGGGCAAGCCUAUGAUGGACCCAUCUAUGUAUGGGCAACAGUCUCACCCCUACAUGGCUCCGCAAAUGUGGCCGCAGGCACCGGAGCAGCAGCAGCAACAGCAACAGUCACCAUCUGAUCAUUAGUGGCUGCAGCAUGGAAGUGAAGAAGUACACAUGACUUAUCCCAGCCUCAUGUUCAUGUUGAAUUCAAAUAGGAGCUCAGAAUAAUACUGAACUGCAAACAGUAAAGCUACUCUGCUCUACAUAAAUGUUGUUUUAUGUUCAAGUAAAACGCUUAAUCACGGUCACCACCUAUCUGAUCUUGAUUAAGUCUCUUUCCUUUUCGUUAAGAUACUUGAUGCCGGUAAUGUUUACAGUUUUUUCCUCA